AUGUCAGAACUAUGGUACCAGCAGCCUGCAGAGGACUGGAACUCAGCACUGCCAGUCGGCAACGGGCGCUUAGGCGCCAUGGUGUAUGGCCGCACUGACACCGAAAUGCUGCAGCUCAACGAGGACUCUGUAUGGUAUGGAGGCCCACAAGAUCGCAACCCACGAGAUGCACUCGAAUAUCUGCCGCGCCUGAGGGAAGCUAUCCGCGCGGAAAAUCAUGCCGAAGCUGAGAAGAUAGCCAAGCUGGCGUUUUUCGCUAAUCCGAUCAGCCAGCGGAACUAUGAGCCGCUUGGGAACCUAUUCUUGGACUUGGGGCAUGAUCCUAGUCAGGUUACAGGUUAUCGGCGAUCACUGGACCUCGCAAAUUCUAUCUCGCGUGUCAGCUAUGAGUACCAGGGUGUCCGGUUUGAACGUGAAGUCUUUGCCAGCUAUCCGGACGAUGUGAUCGUGCUCAGAGUGCGCUCUUCCAGCAAUGCAGAGUUUGUGGUUCGGCUAACCCGUAUGAGUGAUUUGGAGUUCGAGACACAUGAAUGGCUUGACGAUGUCAAUGCGACUAGCAACUCUAUUACGAUGCACGUCACACCUGGUGGCAAGAAUAGUAACCGGGCAUGCUGCAUGGUAGCUGUCCAUUGUGACAGUGCUGAGAGUACAAUUACCAAAAUCGGAAACAAUCUAGUGGUGAACUCUAGUGACACACUGCUGGUGAUCGCGGCACAGACUACAUUUCGACACGCGGACAUUGACCAGCAAACCAAGCAAGACGUGGAAAGUCUCCUAGGCCUCGCUUUCAAAGACCUCCAGGCUCACCAUGUUGCCGAUUAUCAGUCUCUGUACAACAGGAUGGAAUUGCAACUUGGGCCAGACUCCCGCAAAACUCCAACUGACCGACGUAUACAGUCUGCUCGAGAUCCGGGACUUAUUGCACUCUAUCACAACUACAAUCGCUAUCUUCUGAUAUCUUGCAGUCGGAAUGGCCAUAAACCCCUUCCUGCAAACCUCCAGGGUAUCUGGAACCCAUCGUUCCAUCCGGCGUGGGGCUCCAGAUUCACCACCAAUGUCAAUCUCCAAAUGAACUACUGGUCUGCAAACGCGUGUAACCUAUCAGAAUGUGAAAUGCCACUUUUUGAUUUACUGGAGCGCAUGGCUGAGUCUGGUAAAACCACAGCCCGGAUCAUGUACGGAUGUCGUGGGUGGACAGCCCAUUCCAACACCGACAUCUGGGCCGACACAGCGCCUGUCGAUCGAUGGAUGCCCGCAAGUAUCUGGCCUCUGGGAGGGGCAUGGCUCUGCUACCAUAUCUGGGAUCAUUUCCAAUACACAUGUGAUGAACAGUUCCUUCGUCGCAUGUUUCCCACCUUGCGCGGGUGCGUGGAGUUUCUCCUGGACUUUCUAAUUGAAGAUGCGAACGGUGAAUAUCUUGUCACCAGUCCAUCCGCUUCUCCCGAGAACUCUUUCUACUACCGCGCAGGACAGAAAGGAGUGCUAUGUGAAGGAUCAACGGUCGAUAUCCAAAUUAUUGAUGCUAUUCUGGGCGCUUUCCAAUCCUGUGCUGAGAGACUCGGUCUCGAGGAUUCUCUCCUUCCAGCAGCCCAGACUACUAAGUCCCGACUUCCUCCCAUGCAGAUAUCUCCUGCGGGGUAUCUACAGGAAUGGGCUAUUGACUACGCUGAGGUCGAGCCUGGGCACCGUCACACCUCCCAUCUGUGGGCAUUACACCCCGGCAAUGCAAUCACUCCAUCACAGGCCCCACAGCUAGCAAAAGCGUGUGGAGUAACUUUACGUCGACGUGCUGAGCACGGCGGUGGUCAUACUGGCUGGAGUCGGGCGUGGCUGGUCAAUCUGCACGCUCGGUUACUCGAAGCUGAGGAAUGUAGCGACCAUCUAGACCUGCUUUUGUCAAGGUCAACUCUACCUAAUCUCCUAGAUAGCCACCCUCCAUUUCAAAUUGAUGGCAACUUUGGGGGUGGGGCAGGCAUUAUCGAAAUGCUGGUGCAAUCCCACGAGCCUGGGGUAAUUCGACUUCUUCCAGCGUGUCCGAAUGCCUGGACUGGAUCCAUUCGGGGAGUGCGGGCACGCGGUGGAUUUGAGCUUCGAUUUAAUUGGGAAAACGGCCGGGUUGUAGGUGUGGUGUCUAUCAACUCGGAGAUGGGAGAGACGGUGGUUGUUUGCUUCAAUGAGACACGAGUAGAGAUUACUGGUCGCGGUGAGCAUAGAAUCGAUGUCUAG